GCCAUUUUCAAGCUCCGAUUCGCAGACGCAGAGUCGUCGGGCCUGCUCCUUCUCUCUCACGGAUCGUCGUAUUCGGAACCUCCAUUUUUGCUCGCUCAAGGUGUCAUUACUGGAAGCUGAAGCAAAUUGUAUCUUCGUCUAAUUACCGUCUACCUCUCUCCCAUUUUAUCCAGUUGUUAGGGUUUCUGUUCUCCUCAUUCGGUAACCAAUGUCGAUCAAUCUCACGCCCAACUCAAUAGCCGCCAUCAACGGCGGCGACUUGAACUUGAAACCGCUGGUUCAGGUUCUGGACAUCAAGCAGAUAGGCACCUCCCAGGAGCGGUACCGGCUACUCAUCUCCGAUUCCGUCUCCACUCACCACGCGAUGCUCGCCACGCAGCUCAACGACCGCGUCAAGACCGGCCGCGUCAAGAAGGGAUCCGUUGUUCAAUUGAUUGAUUACAUGUGCAGCGAUGUUCAGAAUCGCAGGAUUGUGGUUGUGCUGAAUAUGGAAACUAUAGUCCUAGAUUGUGAUAUUAUUGGAAACCCUAAAUUGGGUGAUAUGACUGCUCAGAAGACAGUUUCCAAUCUCAAUUCAGCGCAACCAGGCAGGUCUGUCUAUGACAAUCGUGGUAAUAUGCAAAGUUUUCGUCCUGCAUUCAAUGCUCAAAAUCCAGGAAGCAACAAUAUGCAAGGCCUGCAGACUAAUCCUUUGCUCCAAAGUCAAGGUAUGCAAGGUUCGCACCCUAUGUUGAUGGUUCCAAAUGGAAGCAAUGGUGUACUGAGAUCAGCUACUGGGAAGAAUAAUAAUAAUACACAGACUUAUGCACCUACAGUUCAACCUCCAUACCAACCCCCUCCAAGUUAUAGAAACCAAGGGCCAAUUAUGAAGAAUGAAGCACCAGCUCGAGUGAUUCCAAUUUCUGCUCUGAAUCCGUACCAGGGACGAUGGGCUAUCAAGGCCCGAGUGACUGCAAAAGGCGAUCUACGUCGUUACAACAAUGCCAAGGGAGAUGGCAAGGUCUUCUCCUUUGACCUUCUUGAUUCUGAUGGAGGGGAAAUUAGAGCCACCUGCUUCAAUGCUGUUGUUGACCGCUUCUAUGAUGUUAUAGAGGUAGGGAGAGUCUACUUGAUCUCGAAGGGUGGUCUGAAGCCAGCUCAGAAGAAUUUCAAUCAUCUAAAGAAUGAAUGGGAGAUAUUUCUUGAGGCAGCUUCGACUGUCGAUCUUUGUCCUGAAGAAGAUGGUGGUUCUAUACCACAGCAACAGUUUGAUUUUAAGCCAAUCAGCGAGAUAGAGAGUGCUGAAAACAAUUCCAUACUCGAUAUAAUUGGCAUCGUGAUAUCUGUGAACCCCUCAGUCCCUAUCCUGAGAAAGAAUGGCAUGGAGACUCAACGAAGAACUGUGGGUAUGAAGGACAGUUCAGGUAAAAGUGUUGAGCUUACUCUUUGGGGAGAUUUCUGCAAUAAGGAAGGUCAGAAUCUGCAAGAGUUGGUUGAUUCGGAGAUGUUUCCUGUUUUAGCUGUCAAAACAGGAAAAGUCAGUGACUUCACCGGGAAAUCAGUGGGGACAAUUUCUUCUACUCAGCUGUUCAUAAAUCCAGACAUUCCUGAAGCUCAUGUCCUGAGCGAUUGGUUUGCCCGAAUUGGCCAGAACUCUGCUGCUGUGUCCAUUUCCAGGGACUUGGUGCCUUCAGGGUCCAAGAACGAGAUCAGGAAAACUGUAUCUCAAAUCAAAGAGGAAGGUCUUGGAAGAUCAGACAAGCCAGACUGGGUCACCGUGAAGGCUACCAUAACCUAUUUCAAACUGGACUCGUUCUGCUAUCCAGCUUGUCCAUUGAUGAUAGGGGACAGGCAGUGUAACAAGAAGGCGACGAGAUCAGGAACACGAUGGGUAUGCGACAGAUGCAGUCAAGAAUUCGAUGAAUGCGAUUACAGAUACCUGCUGCAGUUUCAGAUUCAGGACCACACAGGGUUAGCUUGGGUUACAGCAUUCCAGGAGUCCGGGGAAGAGAUCAUGGGUUACCCGGCGAAGGAAGUAUACCAACUGAAGCACGAGGCACAGGACGAGGCGAGACUUUCAGACGUUUUCAGAAGCAGGGUGUUCUACCCUUACCUUUUCAGGCUCAAGAUCAAAGAGGAAAUGUAUGCCGAUGAAACGAAGGUGAAGAUCACCGUCGUCAGGGCCGACAAGAUCGAUUACUCGUCGGAGACCAGACACAUGCUCGACACGAUUUCCAGAUUCCGCAGGUACUAA